GCCGCCUUCCUCCCGAGCCUCGCUCUGGACUGCAGCCGCCGCCGCCUCAGGACGCCGGAGGCCCUGGGUGGUCAGCAUGUCCGAAAAUGAGCGAGAGCCGUAUUACGUGAAGUUCGUGAAGGCGCAGGGGAACUCCGAAUUUUUUUUUACAGCGCUUGAGUCUAUGAAAGAAUUCCAGUCAGAAGAAUAUCUUCAAACUAUUACAGAAGAAGAGGCAUUGAAAAUUAAAAAAAAUGACAGAUCACUUUACAUCUGUGACCCUUUUAGUGGCAUUGUUUUUGAUCAUCUCAAAAAGCUUGGCUGUAGAAUUGUUGGCCCCCAAGUAGUCACAUUUUGUAUGCAGCACCAACGUUGUGUUCCAAAAGCAGAGUAUCCAGUUUAUAAUAUGAUUAUGGCAGACGUAACUAUUUCUUGCACAAGCCUUGACAAAGAAACAAGGAAAGAAGUUCAUAAAUAUGUACAAAUGAUGGGUGGACGAGUUUGCAGAGACUUGAGUAUAUCAGUAACUCACCUUAUUGCUGGAGAAGUCGGCAGCAAAAAAUAUCUAGUGGCUGCAAAUCUACGGAAACCUAUUAUGCUUCCUUCUUGGGUAAAAGAGCUGUGGAAGCAGUCACAAGAGAAAUGUAUGACACAAUUAACAGAUGUAAAUAUGGAAGAUUUCAAAUGCCCUUUAUUUUUUGGCUGUACUAUCUGUGUGACUGGUUUAUGUAGCUUGGAUAGAAGGGCAGUUCAACGAUUCACUAUUGAGAAUGGAGGUCGAUAUAUGGGACAACUGAAAAUGAAUGAAUGCACACACCUCAUUGUUCAUGAACCAAAAGGUCAGAAAUAUGAAUGUGCCAAGAGAUGGAAUGUACACUGUGUGACAAUCCAGUGGUUUUUUCACAGUAUUGAGAAAGGCUUCUGUCAAGAUGAAGCCAAGUACAAGACAGAGCCUGGACCAGAAGCAAAGAGUGUACCUGGUACUUCUACUCCUACUGGCCAGAACAGUGAAGCUAGUGGUCGUACUCUUUCAGAUGUCAGUCACAUAUCUAACAUCAAUUCAAGUUGCAUUAAUGAAUCUACACAUAACUCAGUUAUGAACAACAAAUUGGGGUCUCUAGUUGAAAAUCUACAAAACUUGGAUAUCAGCGCAUUUCAAGCACCUGAGGAUUUACUGGAUGGCUGUCGGAUAUACCUUUGUGGUUUUAGUGGCAGAAAGUUAGAUAAACUGAGAAGGCUUAUUAAUUGUGGUGGUGGAGUUCGCUUUAAUCAGCUUAAUGAAGAUGUGACCCAUGUUAUUGUUGGAGAUUAUGAUGAUGAGUUAAAACAAUUUUGGACAAAAUCGACACACAGGCCUCAUGUAGUGGGACCAAAAUGGCUGCUGGAGUGUUUUAGUAAAGGUUAUCUGCUUUCUGAGGAACCAUACAUCCAUUUGAAUUACCAGCCAAUGGAGAUAACUGUUUCAGAUCAACCAGGAAUGAAAUCAGCACUUUCCAAAAGAAAUAACAGUUUUUCUAAGAAAGAAUUUGUGGACACAGAGAAACAUCAGCAAGCUGAUGAAGACUUGCUCUCCCAAUAUAUGAGUGAUCACAUGAUAGAUGAUGGUGAGAAGUCGGAAACUGGGAUCUUUAAUGAUUCCACUCAUUCUGCUGUACAAGGGGAUAACCCAUCUUUCCUCAGCCACAAUUCACUGCCUGAGACUUCUACAAUUAUUGAAGGUUUGUUUAGCCGGAAGAAGUUCCUUGUUGUGGGUUUUAGUGAAGAAGAUGAAUCUUGCAUUGUCGACGUUAUUAAAGAAAAUGCUGGAAAAAUUCUGCCCCUCCAAAGCAGAACUAUUGCUGACUAUGCUGUGGUUCCUUUACUGGGGUGUGAAGUGGAGUCAACUGUAGGAGAAGUUGUUACAAAUACAUGGCUGAUUACUUGUGUUGAACGACAAAAUCUUUUUGACCUGAAAUCAAAUCCACUCUUCACACCAGUACCAGUAUUGAAAGGAAGUGGUAAUCCUUUAGAAAACUGUGUUCUUUCAUUCAGCCAGUUUGUUGGAGCAGAGAAAGAUUCCUUGGUAUACUUAGCAAGCCUGCUUGGAGCAAGAGUUCAAGAAUUCUUUGUGCGCAAGGACAGUGAAAAGAAUGACAUGUUUGCCAGUACUCAUCUUAUAGUGAAACAACCAGAUGGCUCUAAAUAUCAGGCUGCACAAAAGUGGGGAUUACCUGCAGUAUCUAUGGCUUGGAUAUUGGAGACUGCUAAGUUGGGAAGGAGAGCAGAUGAAUGCAAGUUCAUGGUUGGAAAUCUAUGCAAACAAGAAGAAAGUUUUGAAACUCAGAUGACAGUAGACAAGACUUAUUCAGAUACUUCAGAGAAUUCUAGCACGGUCCUGGAACCUGAAAGAAGAGCAGCUGUUACACCUUUAGAUGUAAACAGGUUCCGGAGUAAAACUUUUCAUACUGUGAUCUCACAACACACUAGAAAGUCCUCAGCCCUUCCUGUUGAAGUACAGCCACUUCAGAAAGAGCCUUCACUGCACCUUGACACGCCAUCUAAAUUUCUGUCCAAAGACAAACUCUUCAAACCUUCUUUUGAUGUAAAGGAUGCACUGGCAGCCUUGGAAACUCCAUUAGGUCCCAGUCAGCGAUGCAGAAGAAUCAGUACCCCCUUUUCUGAAGUCAUUGGCAAGAACUUGAAACUUGCUCUGGCAAAUAGCACUCGCCACACAGUAGCUCUUACUGCCAGCCCUGUGCUGAAAGAUGCCCAAGCAGAAAAGGAGGAAGACCCCAAACCACUUCACAAUGUAGUUAUAUGUGUUAGUAAAAAACUCAGUAAGAAACAGAGUGAACUAAAUACUAUCGCAGCAUCCCUCGGGGCAGAUUACAGAUGGAGUUUUGAUGACACGGUGACUCAUUUCAUCUAUCAAGGGCGACCAAAUGACACUAAUCGAGAAUAUAAGGCUGUUAAAGAAAGAGGGAUUCACAUUGUUUCAGAGCACUGGCUUUUAGAAAGUGCUCAAGAAUACAGGCAUCUUCCUGAAUCUCUUUAUCCACAUACUUACAAUCCCAAAAUGAGCCUGGAUAUAAGUGCGGUACCAGACAGCAAGUUUUGUGCCAGUCGGUUGCCAUCAACUAGUAAAAUGGCAAAAGAUGAUGAUGAGCCUCUUCUUCAUUUAUCUUUGGAAGGAAAUGAUGAGGAUAUGGACAUUGACCAGAAGGAAGUGGCAAGUACAAAUGGAGAAAUACCAAACAUUGCCAAAGGAGCUCUAACACAGACCCUGGAAAUGAGGAAGAGCUUCCAAAAGCAGCUGCAGGAAAUAAUGUCUGCCACAUCAGUAGUGAAACAAGGACAGAGGAAUCCCCUUUCCAGAAAUGGUUGCGACAGCUCUUCUCCGACGCCCAACAGCACCCGGUCUGCACGCAGUGGCCGCAGCAGAGUCCUGGAAGCAUUACGGCAAUCUCGUCAAGCCCUUGCUGAUGUCAACACAGAGCCCUCCCAGAGUGAACAGAUCAUUUGGGAUGACCCUACAGCACGGGAGGAGAGAGCGAGGCUAGCCAGCAACUUGCAGUGGCCCAUCUGUCCUACACAGUAUUCUGAGCUUCAAACUAACAUAAAGAAUUUGGAAGACUCACCCUUCCAGGAAUCUUUGCAUGAUUCUGCAAUUGCUGAACAUGCUGUCUGUGAUCCUAGAGACGUGUGUGUAACUGAGGUACCAAAACAGCCCGUUUGUGAAGAGCUGGAAAGUACGAUAAAAGACAGCCAUCUCAUCCCUACGCCACAAGCCCCCAGCAUUGCUUUCCCCCUAGCCAACCCACCUGUUGCUCCUCACCCCAAAGAAAAGACAGUACAGGCAGAGGAGACACAUGAAGAAUUAGAAAAACAGUACCGAUUUCAACUAUCAUCUCUUAAUCCUCAGGAGCGAAUUGAUUAUUGUCAUCUAAUUGAGGAAUUAGGUGGCCUUGUGCUGGAGAAACAGUGCUUUGAUUCAAGCUGUACGCACAUUAUUGUGGGACAUCCUCUUCGGAAUGAGAAGUAUUUGGCUUCAAUGGCUGCUGGAAAGUGGAUACUUCAUCGCUCCUACCUUGAGGCUUGCAGAGCAGCUGGACGUUUUGUCCAGGAAGAAGAACAUGAAUGGGGGAGCAGCUCCAUCCUUGAUGUCUUGACUGGAAUCAGUGUACAGCAGAGGAGACUAGCACUUGCUGCGAUGAGAUGGAGGAAAAGGAUUCAGAAGAAACAAGAGGAGGGCAUUGUUGAGGGGGCUUUCAGUGGGUGGAAGGUGAUUUUAAAUGUCGAUCAGUCCAGAGAAGCAGGAUUUCGUCGUCUUCUUCAGUCUGGAGGAGCAAAGGUGCUACCUGGUCAUUCUGUGCCUCUGUUCAAAGAAGCCACACACCUUUUUGCUGACUUCAGUAAGCUGAAACCAGACGACACCAGAGUUAACAUAGCAGAAGCUGCUGCCCAGAAAGUGAACUGCUUGAAGCCAGAAUACAUUGCAGAUUACCUGAUGCAGGAAUCUCCUCCGUCAUUGGAGAAUUAUUCUCUACCUGAAGCAGUCUCAUUUCUCCAAAAUAAUAAGGAAACUGGGAUAGGAUUAUCACAGAAGAGAAAAACUCCUACAGAAAUAAAUAAAUUCAAGCGACCGAGAAUACACUAACUUGGGUCUACUCUUUUAGUUAAUGUGAAAUAUUCUGAAAAUUAAAAUUUGCAAUGUUAAUUUCA